GAGUUCUAAUCGGAUGUCGGAGUUGAUCACUUGACACAACCGUUGGUUUGUAACAACCGGGCGGCAUCGCACCGGCAUCACGAAACUAGCUUUCAUUAGUGGGAAGUUGCACCUCGUCCGGACCCAAACCGUUGGCUUCCACCAUACGCUGGCCACUAAUGGCACUGCUGAUUAUCGUUCAAUUUGCACCAUUUAGUAGCGUCGCGAGUAAAGCGAACGGUUUUGGGAGGUAAGUGUACUGUGGUGCGUCUCGGUUUGUGCACACCACCAAAGUGCAUUCUAAUGAGGGACAAUCGUUGGGGCCGGGCAGGUGGCAAUUGUGAAAAAUCACGACCCACCGUUUCUGGCAAUUUCCAUGUCCAACGAGAUGAUAAGUGUUACGUGCCGCACGUCAGCAGUGUGCGUCGGAAGUGAUGGCUUCCAGGCGGGAUCGCGAAGUCGUCGCUUCCUGUUUUGCCGGGCCGUGUGCUGCGAGCCGAGAAUAGAUCGUGGAUUGUGUAAUUUACAUCAUGUGCUGGUGCCCGUAUUCAGGUGCAGAUCACUUGAUCGUGUGUCAGCAUAAACUCACCGUUGCGAAAUCAUAUCGGACGGAGCGGGAGAGAUCGGGAACGGGGACGUUCAUUGGGGGGGUAAUCACGAGGAUGGACAUUUGUCUAGUGUGGUUGUACCGAUGAAAACAACCAGUGGCUGGGGUGUCAAACCCACAUGCAAGUUUGAUUACAGCGUUCGGUACGAUCGUGCUCCGUUCGCUGGCACGAUGAAGCGCACUUUCGAUUACCAUCCGCCAACGAUUUGCUACGACAAGCCAGCGAUGGCCGUCGUCUCCAAAGACGAGUACGAAUCCCGUCGGAUUCGGGCGCUGGCCGGCACCCGCGUGCUGGAGCUGAUCGUGCCGAAACGAUCGGCCCGCACGUGGACGAUGCAGGCCGGCGAUGUGUGCCGCGUGUCCCUUCCCGAAGGGUCGCAGGUCGGCGAUUUGAAUCUGUGGAACCUGGAGCACCCCCGGCAGGAACGGUUCUUUUCGGGCAAAACGCGCCAGAUCCAUUCGACGCACCUGAAAACGUACGAUCGGCUGUGGAGCUGCUUUCCGUACCUGCGGCCGAUGGCCACGUUUGUGCGGGAUUCGCUCGCAGACUACGGCAUCGAUCGGGAUGGCGGAUCGCUGCACGAUGUGGUCGGGACGAGGUGUGAUGACUACAUCUACAAGCUUAUUACGGGGCAGGAUCGGUUCGGCAGCUGCCACAGCUACCUGACCGAGGCCGUGAAGGAGCACGGUUUGGGCGAGGAGGAUGUGCACGACACGUGGAACAUUUUCAUGUGCACCGGGUUUACGCGGGACACUCAGCAGUACUUUUGUAAGCCAAGUCCCGCUCGGAAAGGUGACUGCAUUGAGUUUUUGGCGGAAAUGAAUCUGCUCGUUGCGCUCAGCGCUUGCCCGCAGGGUGAUGUUUCGAUACAGGUCGGCCAGAAAGUGCCGGACGAAAAGUGUUUCCCAUUGCUGGUGGAGGUUUUCCGAGCGAAUUGAUGCGCUGUGCGAUAGAAUCAAGACCAUAAUACAUUAAUACAGCUCUUUAUUAAAUUAAA